AUGACAGGCUCUGGUUCUCCUUGUGGUGCCUGCAAGUUCUUGAGAAGAAAAUGCGUGAGGGGCUGUGUGUUUGCUCCUUACUUCUGUCAUGAACAAGGGGCAGCCCAUUUUGCAGCCAUUCACAAGGUUUUUGGUGCUAGCAACGUUUCAAAACUUCUUGCUCAUUUACCUGUAAGCGAUCGUUGCGAAGCAGCCGUGACAAUCUCCUACGAAGCCCAGGCUAGGCUUCAGGACCCCAUUUACGGCUGUGUCUCACAUAUCUUUGCCCUCCAGCAGCAGGUUGUCAAUUUACAAGCCCAACUGGCUUUUCUCAGGGAACAAGCAGCUCAAUGUCUUGCUAAUGGCUAUAGCAACACUGCCGCAAACCCUAAUGAGAUUAAGUCCGAAGGGAAGUGCCUGUCUUAUUCACAAGAUGUUCAAAGUUGGUUUCAACCAGAAAAUUCAGGCACCAUUCCUCAUUUCGAUUCCAAUUUUGUCCCGAAAAACGGGGAAAUGUCGCAUUUCCAGAGGGGCAUAAUGAGUCAGACCUCUCUGGGGAGCUAUGAAUAUCCUGUUAAUCUCCCGGGAGAGAACAUCUCUACAGGUUCUCAAUCAAUGGACUCGCUUGAUCACAUGCAAACACCUGAAGACGAGCAAUGGGGAUUCCCAGAUCAUGACAUGGAAGAUCUCCAGUCAGUAGCCUUCAGAUACAUCCAACAUUCAUGA